CAUAUUCCAGUAAGAGUUAACUAAACUCUAGGGAAUUCAAUGUGAGUUCCCUUGGGAAGAACCACUAGAAACAAUGGAGAAUGCUUACCAAGAAGAAUCACUGGCAAUGAGGCAACCAUCAGAUAAACAUUAUCAAUAACUUAAUUGUUUAUUUGAACAUUAUCAGGCAGAUUUGAUACUAUACUUUUAUGGCUGAUGAUUCGGCAAUGAAAAAGCAAGCCUUGCUCUCAGGCUUCACAGAUCAAAGCACAGGAACCAGCAAGAAAAGAAGAAUUCGCCGUUGUAAAACUAUGCCUGCUUCGGACGCCAAUUUCUUGGAUUUUGAAAAAGUUAAUGGCUUAUUCCCAGUUUCUAACUUCAUCAUGAAAAAUUUUCGCCCGAGCUUUAGGAAAGCUUUUGUUUUUUUGAUAAUCUAUUUGUUUGUUGGCUGUACUUGUUUCUACCUCGUGAGGGAUCAAAUCAUUGGCAAGAAAACAAAUGGAAUUCUGGAUGCUUUAUAUUUCUGCAUUGUGACAAUGACCACUGUUGGUUAUGGAGAUCUUGUGCCACAUAGUGUUGCAGCAAAGCUUCUUGCUUGUGCAUUUGUCUUUAGUGGAAUGGCCUUUGUAGCUCUCUUCCUUGGCAAGGCUGCUGAUUACCUUGUUGAGAAGCAGGAAGUGUUACUAGUCAAAGCAGUACACUUAAAACGAAAGGUUGGCAUGCAGCAAAUGUUGAAAGAGAUCGACACAAGAAAAGCUGAGUACAAAUUCUUGACCAUUGCUGUGGUUCUUCUGGUGCUAAUUUCUUUGGGAGUUAUAAUUCUAGUGAAGGUUGAGAAGUUAGACAUUAUUGAUGCAUUUUACUGUGUUUGUGCCACCAUCACAACUCUCGGUUAUGGUGAUAAGAGCUUUUCGACUGCUCUUGGUCGAGUUUUUUCUGUUUUCUGGAUUCUGACGAGUACCAUUUGCUUAGCUCAGUUCUUUCUCUAUAUUGCGGAAAUACAAAUGGAACACAGGCGGCAAUCCCUGGUCAAGUGGGUGCUUACACGAAGGAUGACGAUAGUUGACCUUGAAGCUGCUGAUUUAGAUGAUGAUGGUGUUGUGAGUGCUGCUGAGUUUGUGAUAUAUAAGCUAAAGGAGAUGGGGAAGAUUGACCAAGAGGAUGUUGCUUUAGUGUUGGAGGAGUUUGAGAACCUUGACAUUGAUCAAACAGGCACGAUAUCGAAUUCAGAUUUGCUUCUUGCUCAAUCAAUCGAAUAGGUGACGCGAGGUUGCUUGAAAUGUUUAUCUUUUUUACACAGCAUUACAGAAUAUGCACAACUUCCAUUUUUCAUUUGUAAAUCCUUUUUCCUGCUAUUGGUUUUUUUGUUACUUUUGUUUUGUUGAUGGCCUUCAUUGUAUGUAAUAAACUGAAGGGCGGCAUAGUAUUGUUAAAUAAUGGUGUGCUAUAUUGUUCGGCAUCUUAAUGGAUGUCUUAUCUUAGCUAGUUGACAAAGUCCUGACAUUUACUUUAUCUUUCUAUUACUUAGCUAUUUGUUUUUACAUAUUAGCAAGCAAUC